CCCCUUUCCUUACAGAAACCGUUUCUUCCCCUCUUUUCUUUUCCUUUUUUUUCCUCGUCGGAGACAGAAAAUCUUCCGUGCUCUGUUUCUAGGUUACCGCACAGAUCAAAAAGUCCUACCGAUGGCAACUGGUUCCCCCUCACCCUUGAAGAAAGGCAACUCCGGUCUCCCUCCGAAAAGAGGCCAAAUCAAAGCUCAAAUUUUUGAGAGCUUGAAGAAGGCGGUUCUCUCAGUAGCCUCAAAGUCGGGAGAAACACUGGGAAUCCGCCGCAGCAGCGGUGGCCAUGGCGAUGCCAGUGGAAGCUCUGCCUCUGCAACCCCCCCACCAAGCGGCUACAACUCGGAUUGGAAUUCCGAUAUCUCUUAAAAGAAGUCCAAUCCGGCAAUCAUCAGCACAUCACCACCACCUUCUCAAUCCAACGAACUGAGCUUUUCCCAGAUUCUUUAUAAAAACCGGGAAAAGUUAUGUGAAGAAACAUCUAUGUUUUCUUCGCCUUGUGCUUUGGAUUUAUAUUUGUCUGCAGUUUCUUACUUGGUUUGCAUAAUGGAUACGUGUGAAUUGUGUAUUCUCCUACAUAGCCCAUGUUUUAGAAGGCUAUGACAGGAGGCUAUGCCGAUCUAUGUUUAUGUUGUAAGGUCAGUGUCUUAAUAUUUAGUUUGCGUUCUGCCAUUUCCAGCUUUUACCAUGUAGAAAAAAUCUCUUCCAAUGGCCGUUUCUGCAUGUUUUUAGAGCGGAGAUGACCUGGUUGGAGGAGGUGGUUUCAGUUGUCUGUAUUUACCGUUUCUGGACUCUGUAUUUUC